ACAAGCCUAAGGACAGUGGUGCCUUAGCACAGCCUGUCUAGCCAUGAGACACACUGAUGGGACAGGAAGAUGGAGCAGCUGACUCCCGAAAGUCCCUGCCUGAAUACUUUGCCAAGGAGGCUGGAGCUGUUCUGUGUGCACUAAGAAAAGCACAUGUAAGUGCAGCUGGGGAAUUCCAGGAGCCAUCUAGCUCUGGAGCAGGUUGUAUUCCCUCCCCUGUCUUGUGCUUCCGUCCGCCUCCUGUCGUCACCGUGAGAUGCGUGUGAGGGAGCUUAAUAACAGCUGAAACCCUGUCUCGGGUCUUUAUAAUCCUGGAAUGAGCUGCAGGAACUGCGUUGCUCCAGAGGAUGCAAUAAGCAGUCAGGAGUGGGACAUACUGCCUGUAAUCCUUCCCUGCAUACCCUUCCUGCUGCCGAUCUUGGGAACAUGAAGGCUGUUCCUCUCCAGGUCCUGUUUGUGCUGAGGUUCUUGUGCCUGGUGGCCCCGGCUGAAGGGCAACCCAAAGCACCUCUGAGGUGUUCAACAGAGUGCACCCAUUUUACAUCUGGGGUAGCAGCAAAGCGGAUAAGGAGCUACCGCAGGACUGAACCCCGCUGCACCAAACAAGCCAUCAUAUUUACUACUCUGAAGUCUGUGGAGAUUUGUGCAGAUCCAGAGGCAGGGUGGGUGAAGAAGAUAGUAGAGAAACUGGACCAGAAAAAGGCCGCUGUCCUCCCACUUCCACAUGAUGCAACCUCAGCAGCAGCACCAGAAGAGCCUGGUGUUUUUCAGAAACAUGUUGGUCUUACGGUAAUUGUUCCAUCUCAAGCCAUUGCUCCAACUAGUUUCUUCCAAGGUACUAGCACAACAGUUUUGGAGAGAAUACAUGUUCCAUCUGCCAGGACAGAGGUGCCCAGCAAGUCCCCACCAGCCACACAGGAUACCACCCAGCUCCCUGCUGGAUCGUCCCCUGUGAAUUGGGAAGUUGCUACCCGCUCUGACAUCACUCCAGAAGCAAAUAGAAGCAAAUCUCAUGCACCUUCAACAACUUUUGCAGCAGGCAUGGUCUCCAGCCAGCCCACCCCAUAUUCCGUGGCUCUUGUGCAUGGCUUUGACAACAUCAUAAGAUCUACAGAAGAACCUGUAGGACGUAGUACAAAUGCUAUGGCUGAUGUUCAAGACACAACUUCUCGUAGCUCAAAUUCAGAACCCACAGGCAUUAGAAAAGGAUCAGACCAUCCUAUAGUUUCCAUAAAUCAACCCCUGGACUCUACAAGUGCAAGAGCCAACGCACCAGACACUGUUUCUAGCAGUUUUAGUUCAGACCUCUCCUCUACCCUGGACAGCAUGGAGAUUGCCACAGUCCCAGCCACACCAAUUCCACCAGAGACUACUUCAGUUUCUACUCUAAACCCCACAACUGCCAUAGAUGAAGUUCCUUCUGUCCAUACCAACAAGACUGUAAGUUUCUCUGCAGAUGAUUUUGGUACUAGAGCAUUUGCUUAUCCAUCACCUGUAAGAAAGGAAGAUCCUUUAGAUAUGUUAGCUUUUACUAGUCGAGCAUUCUCAGGCCAAGCCAGAGUGCAGAUGAUUACAGAAAGGCCGAAUGACCUGCCCCUUUCCAGCUUCUUGUCAAGAUCUCAGAUGCCCUUUGUCAUCCCAGUUUCUGUGUUAGGUGGUCUGAUGGUUUGCAGUGUUGCUAUUGUAUGGCUAUAUCUAAAAUUUGGAGUGAAAACAGAGAAAAUGCCAAGAGAAACUGUACAGGGCUUGCUCUACCAGAAGGAGGAACAUCAAAACAAUGUCUAUCCAAUGGAAGUAAUCUGAAUGCUUUAUGACAUGGACACUUUUGAUCUAAACUAUAUGUGUGUUGCUUCAGGAAAGCUAAGUUUAUGCUGAACUGGUGACCAGUGUAAAGUAAGGCAAGGAGUAAAGAUACCAGAGAAGACUGAAUUUUUUUGCAGAGCAGAAUGUCCAAAGACAUAUCUAAGUUGUCAUUGACCAAAUACAGUAUUUUGGAAAUAAAAGAGAUGCUUUUUUUCUUCUGGCA